AUGUCGUUGUGGACGGACGAGCGUGUUGACGAGACCGUCACCUCUGCGUAUGUGCACUCCCACCUCCGACCCAACGAGCAGGAACUCCUUCAGCGGCAGUUGUACUUCGGAGGCGACUUAACCGAUGAUACCUACUUGGAUUGGAUCUUGACACGAGCCAAACGAUUCUUCCUCAUCCUCGUCGCCACUGGGGUCCCGGAUCAGAUCUUUGGCGUGAUCGAUGACUCGUAUGACGACGAAGACCUCCCUGUUAUCGAGGAGGCUGUGCCCGAUCUGCGGUUGUCCUACGAACCCGACCGAGCUCUAGACAAACGGUUCUAUAAGAAUCAGUUCAAGUUCCUCACUCGCGUCGUGGGCGAAGGGGAGCACAUCCGCUACGCCGACGAAGAAAGCGUCCCGAUCAACCCUGUCAACCUGAAAUCGGUCGUUCUCUCCCUCAGCCACGAUGGUGUCGACCGGGUUCGCCUCCCUACUGCCAAUCAGCAGGUCUUCAUUCGCAGGCGCAUCAAGCUUGAAGCUCCGCUAACUGAGGACGAGAUUCUGAACGAGAUUGCAGCCAGCAGGAGACUGUGCCACGAGCAUAUAGUGUCGGUUUUCGGCUCGUACCUACAUCAAGGCAAUUUCAAUGUGCUCUCACUACCUGCCCCAGAGUGGAGUCUCAAGACAUUCCUGACCGAUUCUCCGAAGAGUUUUGGUGCGCUGGCAAAGCAAGAGCGGCGACGGAUUCUGAUCAGUUGGCCCCACUGUCUGUCGAACGCACUGGCCUGGUUACACAGCAACGGCGAAUUUCACGGAGCCAUUCGGCCGUCCAAUAUCCAGGUCGAUGAGUCUUUCCGUAUAUCGUUGGGUUUGUUGGACGGUGAAGGCUUGCUCCGUGACAGGGCGAAGCCGGACGAUAUCGAAGCAUAUCAGUAUGGCCCACCCGAGAGAUGGAAGAGGGCCGUGACCAUUCAAAGCACUGGCUCGGCAGUGGUCUCACUCCCGUCGGGCGGCCGAUCGGGGCGGAGGGCCGGCGGAAAUGGCAGAUUGAACACUACAGACAGCAACAACCCAGCCAGAAGCAGGUCAGCGUCGUCGGCGGCGACGUAUACAUUCCAGCCGACGUCGAGAGGAGAUUAUGCCAGAUUGCGCCUUAGCUCGGCAGUGCCUUCGGACCCUCCACCGCAGCCCAUUGCUCGCGAGCGUGACGUGUUGUCGCCGCCCGACAACAAAUCCGUCUCAAGUUCAGGUACGACGCGUCGCGCCUUCGACCCGCUGGUCCCAGGAAGGGCGCCCUCGAUUCUGUCGUCGACAAGCUCCAACGGCAAGAAAAGUGGUCCAUCACUCAAGAGUCCUAUGUUUGUCUCGGCCCCAGAAGGCCGGAGUGCAGUGGUGCAGACUUGGCAAUCGGUGGAACAGGACAUGUGCGCGUCGGACAUCUUCUCACUCGGGGCCGUGAUCAUGGACAUCUUGACCCUGCUCUGCAAGCGUAGCUACAGUUCGUUCCAGCGGCACCGAUCCUCAAAGAACAGAAUGGCCGGCCGUGGUGGUGGACUCGCGGAUGCAAGCUUUCACGCAAACCUGGGGCGGGUCUUUCUGUGGGCUCAGUCGCUUCAGAACGAAGCUGAAAAGAAGGCCAAGAAGGACGAGGGCCAUGUCUAUCAUGCUGUUGGGUCCGUCGUGCAGCUCACCCUGCAGUGCCUCGAGCGAGAUCCGGCCGCCCGUCUUUCCAGCGAGCAAUUGGAGAGGAAAAUUGGCGAACAUAUACAGCGCUUUGCUGGUAUCGAGCGACUUCACUGCGCGAUCGCACACAGAAUAGAGAGCAGCCAAAAGAACGUGAACAUCCCCAUCAGGGGGACAAAUGUUUCCGAUCGCGAAUUGACGAGGCACCGAUCCGACGACAGGCUCCGUCAGCCCUCUGCUAAUCCACCGGUCCUAUACACAGAACACCCACAGCCGCAGCAGCAGCGUUUUCUCCACGACGUCCCGAUCGUCCAGUCCCCAAUCCUCCACACAUCUCCAAGCGUGUCGACGACACCGGGCACGGCAUCCGUAAGCUCACUGUUAUCCUUCAAUUUCGAUGGCCACUCGGACACUGUCGUCGCGGAAAGUCCUCGAUCCCGCGAGCAACCGAUGCGGCGAAACAACACUCGCGAGGGGUUCACGACGCCCGAACACCAAGUGCCUUGGUCGAGUGAACAAGACACGCCCAAGCAGAAGUAUUGGAACAACUGGCACAACAACGACAGCCAGGUCGACCCGAGGCUCUCCUUCGGCGAGUCGGUCGACACCGGUGCAUUUACCUACCUCAACUACAGCACCAGCGCGUCAUCAGAUGAGGGCGUCAAAUACUUUCCUCGGCCACCGGCUGAGCGACCUCCGAAGCCGCCUCCCAACCGCGGACUGCCUCCCGUGCCUCCUAUCCCGGUCAAGGUACAGUCAGCAAAGCCAAAUCAGCGAGUUGCCCGGAUGAAGGCAUCCAACGACGGUGUCGCAGUGCUGAGUCAUAUUUCCCAAGCCGCCAUCGGAGGCCGGCCCCUUCGAGUCGAUAGUCUGCCAAAGACGUUGGAGUAUGACGUGGACGACUAUCACGAGACGAUCCGCCAGACGAGACGUCCACACACCGCCAAAUCAUCUUCACGCAGCCGGACGCGGCAGGAUCAGUACCUCCUGGGCCAGGGGCGUAGACAACAAGCUUGA